CCCAGCGAGUCGAAAACGCCGCCACAGUAGGAAAACCAAGCCAAUCCGACGUCAAAAUGGUCAAGCAGAAAAACCACACCGCCCGUAACAACACGGUGAAGGCCCACCGCAACGGUAUCAAGAAGCCGAAGAACCACCGCUUCCACUCCACGCGCGGCCUGGACCCUAAGUUCCUGCGCAACCAGCACUGGGCCAAGAAGUUCGACAAGAAGCACCGCAACCGCAAGAACAAGAACAAGGAGGAAUAAGUUAAGCGCCAUGGACACUAGUCGACGGAGAGUUUCUCUAUCUUGCGGGUUGCUCUUCCAGUGAUCGCCAGGGCUCGGUAUAGGCCGAGGAUGGAAGAAAAUGGAGUGUUAUUCCUUCUUUUCCUUCUUCUGGAUGAGUGGCGAGUUAGGGUCGGUCGUGGUUGAUUGGGACGUGGCGCUACAGGGCACGGAGGAACAGGUUACUGGGACGUUGUGUCUGGAGGCGUCACGUCUUCGCUUGGAAAACCGAAAAUGCAGUCUAAGAGCUAGGGGGAAUGGCUGUUCCUCCCUCUCUUUUGUUUGCAUUGAACGU